ACAGAAGCCAAAGACACUCCUUUUAAUCACCUUGACAAAUUAAAAAAUUUGAAGGGAGUAUAUUGUGUAUCAGCAAGCAAUGAGGGGAAGAAAAUGGGUAGGAUUCAUUUGUACCCGCCUUCACUUCAGCUCAUGCACUUCCUUUGACCCUCCACCUACUCGCCCUCUUCGAAGGGUUGUUGUUACUGGUUUAGGGAUGGUGACUCCCCUUGGAUGUGGAGUGAAAACCACAUGGAAGAGGCUAAUAGAAGGGGAAUGUGGUGUAAGAGCUAUAUCUCCUGAUGAUUUGAAAAUGGAUAAUUUUGACCCAGAAGUUAAGUUGUAUACAUUUAAUCAAUUGACAUCCAAAGUUGCUGCAAUCGUGCCCUGUGGUUCUAAUUCAGGAGAAUUCGAUGAGCAGUUGUGGCUAAACUCUAAGGAGCAUAGAUCAAUUGCAAGAUUUAUAGGAUAUGCAUUAUGUGCUGCUGAUGAAGCUCUUAAAGAUGCUAAUUGGAUUCCCACUGAGCAGGAUGAGAAGGAACAGACGGGUGUCUCCUUAGGUGCUGGAACUGGAAGUAUCAGUGACAUAUUGGAAGCGUCCAGAAUGAUCUGUGAAAAGAAUAUACGCAGGCUUAGUCCAUUUUUCAUCCCACGGAUAUUGAUCAACAUGGCUUCUGGUCACGUAAGCAUGAGGUAUGGAUUUCAGGGACCAAACCAUUCUGCUGUGACAGCUUGUGCCACUGGAGCUCAUUCAAUUGGUGAUGCUGCCAGGAUGAUUCAGCUUGGAGAUACAGAUGUGAUGGUUGCAGGUGGGACUGAAGCCAGCAUUGAUGCUUUAUCUAUUGCUGGAUUCUGUAGGUUAAGGGCAUUGACUACCAAGUAUAAUUCAAAACCCCAUGAAGCCUCCAGGCCAUUUGAUUGUGGUCGUGAUGGAUUUGUGAUAGGUGAAGGUUCUGGAGUCAUGGUAUUAGAGGAACUGGAGCAUGCAAGAAAACGAGGAGCUAAGAUAUAUGCAGAGCUACGCGGCUAUGGAACAUCAGGUGAUGCAAAUCACAUUACACAACCGCAUAUUGGUGGAAGAGGUGCAGUUUUGGCUAUGACACGUGCUUUGAAACAGUCUGGUCUUCAUCCUAGUCAAGUGGAUUAUAUUAAUGCUCAUGCUACAUCUACACCCCUUGGUGAUGCAGCAGAAGCAAAUGCAAUAAAAUCUGUGUUCUCUGAUCAUGCUACAUCGGGGGCUUUGUCCAUAUCCUCUACAAAGGGUGCCAUUGGUCAUCUCCUUGGAGCCGCUGGAGCUGUUGAAUCAAUUUUUACUGUCUUGGCAAUACACCACGGUAUCGCGCCUUUGACACUGAACCUUUUUGAACCAGAUCCAGUAUUCAAUGGUGGUUUCAUGCCUUUGACUACUUCAAAGGAGAUGACCAUUAAAGCUGGUUUAUCAAACUCAUUUGGGUUUGGAGGAACAAAUUCUUGCUUGCUUUUCACUUCAACCAACUGAAUACGGAUCCAGUUGACCAAAACCCCAGCUGGAACAAGAGUUUUGUCAGGCGUUAGAAACUAUGGUUAACCAGGUGAGGCAAACGAAAGCCCUCCCGCCCCGUCUCCAAAAUCAAAUACAAGAACAGAGAAUAAGUUGAAGGAAGAGUGGAGGUUUGAGGGGCUAUAGCUUGCUUAAAUUAAACGUUUAGCCAACUUUUUCUUGCCUUGAAGCUUCAGUUUCGUUUUAAAAAAAAUUAUUAUCAUUAUUGUAGUGCUAGUGUUUUUUCAGGCGAUGUGUCUUGAGAACCAAGAAGAAAAUGUAAACAACGAGAACCUUUUUUUUCUUUCUUUCAAAUAAUAGGGGAUUCUUAUAAUUGAUUACAACUAUAUCGGGACUGUGGUGUAAUUGUUACUCUUGUUCGUGUCUCGUAAACCACAUUGCUAGGCAUCGCAUUAUAGAAAUGUAGGUGUUGGCUAAAACA